AUGUAUUUGGCCAAUGUCUUGCAGAACUUGUACAAGCAGUGUUGGGUGCUCUUUCUGCUGAGUAGAGCAGCCAUGAACUCACAGGCAGGAUUUGAGAAGGUUGCAGAAGCUGUCUUGCAGAUAAAGUCAUUUGCUGAUUAUCUGUUCUCUGGCCAGGUGACAACCGAUAUUUCCUUGACCGUGGAUGGUUUUCUGCCGGAAGAUGGAAGUGGUCGUAUUGUGGGCAUUGAAGAUCUGCCAGAUCAGGAGUGUGUUUGUGUUGCUACUGAAGCUGGAGAUGUUAUAAUGUGCAACCUCAGCACAAAGCAGCUCGAAUGUGUUGGGAGUGUGGACAGCGGCUUGACCGCUGUGAGCUGGAGCCCUGACCAAGAGCUUGUCCUGCUGGCUACAGGUCAGCAAACUCUUAUAAUGAUGACAAAGGACUUUGAGCCAAUUACGGAAAGGGAGAUCCACCAGGAUGACUUUGGGGAAGGAAAGUUCAUCACUGUUGGUUGGGGUAAAAAGGAGACCCAGUUCCAUGGAUCAGAGGGCAAAGAAGCAGCUCGUCGCAAACAAAUGGAAGUGCCACCUGCUUCAUCCAUGGACGAUGGCCGACCCCGAGUCACCUGGAGAGGAGAUGGCCAGUUUGUAGCAGUGAGCGCUAUUUGUCCACAGACAGGGGACUGGAAGGUCAGAGUGUGGAGCAGAGAGCUGGUCUUGCAGUCGACGAGUGAGCCUGUCCCAGGACUAGAACAAGCACUGGCCUGGAAGCCCUCUGGAAGCCUAAUAGCAUCCACGCAGGAGAAGCCCAACAAACACGAUGUUGUCUUCUUCGAGAAAAAUGGCCUCCUUCAUGGGGAAUUCACCCUUCCGUUCCAGAAAGGCCAGGCCAAGGUGAAAGAGCUGCUCUGGAACCUGGACUCCACGAUCCUGGCCGUCUGGCUGGAGGACAGCAAGGACGGAAAGAGCUCCGCGUCCAUUGUUCAGCUCUGGACGGUAGGGAACUAUCACUGGUACCUGAAGCAGAGCCUGCGUUUUGGCAGUGCCGAGAGAAGCCAGCCUGUGGCUCUGCUGUGGGACCCUGAGAUCCCCUGUCGACUGCACGCCCUCUGCAGAGGGUGGCAUGCCCUCUGCUACGACUGGCACUGGAGCACCGACCGCAGCAUUGGGGACGAGAGCCACCCUGUGGCCAACGUGGCCGUUAUCGACGGAGAUAAGGUGCUGGUAACGGCCUUCCAGCGUUCUGUGGUGCCUCCACCCAUGUGCACGUUCCAACUCCAGCUCCCGCAGGCAGUGAACCAAGUUGCAUUCCACUCGGACCCCACAAGGAGAGCAGACCUUGCUGUCCUGGACGCCGACAACCGGAUCUCCAUUUACAGAGCUGGUGACAGCACUGGGAAAGACCGCUCUGUUGCACUGGGAGGAAGUGGAUUUAAAGCUUCUAUUGAAACACUUCAACUGGAAAAAACCUACAGGCUCGAGGUGAGCUGCGGUGAGGUCACGCGGGUGAACCCCCUGGCGUUUCGGCUGUUCACCUGGCUGCAGGACAGCACCUUCUUGGCAGUCAGCCAGGGGCAGCUCGCCGCACACUCCGUCAUCCACCACCUGACGGGACGUCCUGAGGCAGAGGGAGGUUGCCUAGAUCUCCGCUUGUCUUUGCCUGUGGAUGGGGAUGUGAUCAGUCUGUGCUAUAAUCCAAAGAGCAGAGCAGUAGCUGUGCAGCUGGCUGAUGGGCGAAUACUGAAGUACUUCUGGGAGGCUCCCACUCCAGCCCUGGAACCCUGGAGGAGUAGCAAUGGCUCUGCUGUUCGGUUUCCUUCUCCUUGUGUGCAGACUGCAUUGGCCGUGAUUGGUGGAGAAGAGGCCAUCUUGGGUCUGACUGAUCGAUCCCGGUUUUUCAUGAAUGAUGUUGAGGUGGCUUCCAACGUUACCUCAUUUGCCACGUCUGAGGAGUUUCUGCUGGUGACCACCCACUCCCACAGCUGCCAGUGUGUGUCUCUGAGGGACACAUCGCUGAAAGAUCUGCAGGCGGGCUUCAGCGGCUCCUCUACGCCCAACAACGAGACGCUGCGCAAGGUGGAGCGAGGCUCCCGCAUCGUCACCGUUGUACCCCAGGAUACGAAGCUCAUCCUGCAGAUGCCAAGGGGAAACUUGGAGACUGUUCACCACCGAGCGCUUGUUUUGGCCCAGAUUCGGAAGUGGCUGGAUCGGCUAAUGUUUAAAGAAGCAUUUGAAUGUAUGAGGAAGCUGAGAAUCAACCUCAACCUUCUUUACGAUCACAAUCCAAAGGUUUUUCUGGAAAAUGUGGAAACCUUCAUAAAACAAAUAGAGUCUGUGAAUUACAUCAACUUGUUUUUUACCGAGUUGAAAGAAGAAGACUUCACAAAGACUAUGUACCCAUCUCCAGUGAGCAGCAGCGUCCAGCCACAAGAGUAUCCUGGGCAGAACAAAGUAGACCUCGUCUGUGAUGCGAUGAGAGCUGCCAUGGAAAACAUCAAUCCUCAAAAAUACUGUCUUUCGAUACUGACAUCCCAUGUGAAGAAAAGCACCCCAGAACUGGAAAUUGCCCUCCAGAAAGUGCAGGAGCUGCGAGUGACAGAGGCUGUUUCACCAGCGGCUGAGGGGGUGACUGCAGAGGCGGCGCUGAAGUACCUGCUCUUCCUGGUGGACGUCAAUGAACUGUAUGAUCACUCCCUGGGCACAUACGACUUUGACCUGGUUGUCAUGGUGGCAGAGAAGUCUCAGAAGGACCCUAAGGAGUACCUGCCAUUCUUAAACACCCUCCGGAAAAUGGAAACCAACUAUCAGUGCUACACUAUAGACAAGUACUUGAAAAGGUACAAGAAGGCGCUCUGCCACCUCAGCAAAUGUGGUCCGGAGCACUUCUCUGAAUUUCUGAACUUGGUGAAGGAUCAGAAUUUGUACAGCGAAGCCCUGAAGCUGUAUCCGCCUGACAGCCCAGAACAUGAGGCUGUCGGCAGUGCCUUUGGGGAACACUUGAGCCAGAAGCAUCUUUAUGAGCAGGCCGGACUGAUUUUUGCCCGCUGUGGUGCGUUUGAGAGAGCCCUCGAUGCCUUUGUGAGCAGUGGCAGCUGGCAGCAGGCCCUCUGCAUGGCCUCUCGUCUUGGUUACACCGCAGAUCAGCUAGCUGGCCUUGCCAGGGGCUUGGCAGGAAAGCUCGUUGAACAGAGGAAACAUGCCGAGGCAGCCGUACUCCUGGAGCAGUACGCACAGGACUAUGAAGAGGCUGUGCUCCUGCUCAUAGAAGGGACAUUUUGGGAAGAAGCCUUGAGACUAAUUCACAAGUACAACCGACUAGACAUUCUGGAGACCAACGUCAAACCUGCCAUCCUAGAAGCCCAAAGAAAUUAUUUGGUAAUUCUGGAUUCUCAGAAAACAACGUUCACUCGCCACAGAAAGCGCCUCCUGGUGGUUCGAGAGUUGAAGGAGCAGGCCCGCCAAGGACUAUUGGACGAUGAGCCGCCCGACGGUGCGGAAGCAGACCUUCUUUCCGAAAGCGGCAGUACUGUGAUGGCCAGUGACACGAGUAGCAAAUACUCACACAGUAACUCCAGGAUAUCUGCCCGAUCCUCCAAGAACCGUCGCAAGGCCGAGCGCAAGCGGCACAGUCUGAAGGAGGGGAGCCCCCUGGAGGAUGUGGCCCUUCUGGAGGCCUUGGCAGAAAAUAUUCGCACUACUGAGACCAUGAAGGGUGAAGUACACAGCUUGUUAAAGGAGCUUGUGCUAUUUGGCUAUGAUGAGCAGGCCCGGCAGCUGCAGCAGGCCCUGGAAGAAAUUUUACAGGUGAUCGAGAGGUCACUCCCGGAAAUCUGGACCACAGACCUGCAGCAGAAUCCUGCUAACCCAGUCUUGGGCCCCAAUUCCACUGCAAACAGCAUCACGGCCGCCUAUCAACAGCAAAGAAUUGCAGCUCCUGCAGUGCACGAUGCCCAACUUCUUAUUCCUCCAAAACUCAACAAAAACAUGCAGUGGAAACUGACACUUUUACAAUAACUAGGGCCCAAGAAAUCCUGCUGGACUCUGGACUGUAGUUUAUUGUAAGCUCAUUACUUCCCUUUCCUUUUGAAACCUCUGCUCUACAUUCUCUCACACAAACCGUAGAUGGGUCAUUGCCAGCCCUGGAGAACAAGAGACAGUCCCCCAAAAGAACCUGAGCAUCUACCAAGUCUAGCCGUCUUGCAUUUAGCAGCUCUGGGGUACUGCUGCUAAAGCAGCUCCCCAACCAGCACGUUGUGCAGCGCUACAUCAUUGCUCCUGUGACUGAGACGUCUUGGUCAUUUCAAGCAGCAUUUUUACAAUUUGGAUCCAGUUGAUUAAAAUUUGGAAAAAACCUUCAAGCAGAGGUCCAGUCUCCGUGGUGCACUCAGCCUUGUUUUCCUGUGUAAAGUUGGGUGCCUGUUACAAGACAUUAGCCAAAUUGUCUUGUUGCUCCAGAGUCAACCUUGCAUCACUCCAUUGACUUAAGUAAUUAUGGUCUGUAAGGCGACUAGGACCUCAGCCGGUGCAUCUUACACCAGUAGCAAAUCUUUACACUGUUAGACACUAGAGCAGUUCAUGGCACCUUGUGCUGUCAGAGUCGUCCCAGAAUGCAGUGUAAUAAAGAUGAUAUUGCUAAAGCUGUG